UCAUUUGCAGUCGGGCCGUGCGUCUCGCGCUAGUGUGUUAAUAUAAUUUUCUUUAUUCUUUUUUUAUAGUUUAUUUUCAAAUUUAAUAAUUAUUGUUGAAAAUGUUUAAUUUUUCUCGUUUGUGUCUAUUUCAAAUUGUUUAAUGUUAGGUUUAUAGUGAAGUUGCUUAGGUUCGUGUUAAAGUUAAUAGAAAAUUCCUUAGCCGUGUGGCUCCGGCAAGAAUAUUUACAUUGUCCAAUGAUUAUAAUGAAUCAAUUUUGGUUAACUGGAUACGUUUAAAAACUCAAGCCAAAUGCAGCGAAAAAUAUAAAAUAAACUGUAUGCUAUUUAUACACUAUGUCUUGUGUGCGGGAAUCAUCACCACAAUUGGAACAUGUGGUUCAGAGACCAGAACCCAAAACACGUCGAUUUAAUCCACUUCGACGUCUGCGUCGAAUAUUCAGACGUAAAGCUCAGAGUCCUGAGCCCAACGAUGUCAAAUCAUGUGACAAUAUUGUAGAACCACCUAGUUUGGAUACAUCCAGAAGUCGUUCGACUAGUCAGCUGAUUGAUGAGCCAUUUACCAGGAGGCGAAGCUUACACUCCACAAUAUUGAGCGUUAGCCACGACAGUGUGUUCAACCCUGAACAACAUUCUGGUCAAUCCGAUUCUGAAUCUACUGUAUCCGUGCCGCGGUUAGGAUUUCCUCAAGCCAAUAUACAGGCUGAAUUACUAGAAGCGGUAAGAAGGCGAAGAAAAAUUCAAGAUGACGAUGAUAGUUUCGAUAUGGACAAUGAAGAUUUAGGACUCCCACGAAGUCCAUCAAUGCAUUCUCCUACUAUUGCCACUGGCAACGAUCUCCGAUUGAGCAAAGAGCUGAUAACUAAAUCUUCACAUAGUACAUGCAGUGAUGGAUCACUCCUUAGUAUGGGCAGUUCCGAAAUGGACGAAGAUUCUUUUGGAGCACACAAUUCUCGACAUUCAUCCAAAAUAUCGUUACACGACAAGCGCACAUCUCAAACUCAUCUUGACAGUUCGGACGGUGACUAUUCAACAAGCGUUCCUCUUAGUCAUGACGUAGCUAAGCACCGAAUGGCCAUCAGACCCAAAAGAAAGCACGGUAACCCUCGCAGUAAAAAACCGCUAUCUGUGACGAAUGCUCUUCCCGCGACGCCUGAAGUGAAUGAAGAGCACUCUGGCCGGUCAACUUCGCCCGAAACCAAGCCUCAGACUGCCGACACAGCAGAUGGCACUACUACCAUCAGCACCGUCACCUCAGACACUAAAACCACCACCUUCACCACCAACACCAACACCAACACCUCCACCACCACCACCACUACCACCAUUACUUCAAAUGACCCAGUCAUCACUACUGCGGUGCCGGUCGUCGUCACCGACACAGCUUGCCCCGCCACUGCCUCCACGGUCGGGUCCUGUGACUUGGACACGUCGGUGGACGAGAUUUCCGUGGAGAACGUUCCACGGCGCGAAGAGGGCUUUUUCCACCGCUUGUUGUCGCGCCGAAGCACUAAGAAGAAAGCGGCCGCCGCCGCCAAGUCAGCGUCCACCGAAGACGUGGACGUGGACCGGUUCCUGUUCGACGAGACGACGGGCGCGAGGCCACGGCAACGCGAAGAACCGCCGCCGGCCGGCCGCAUGCAGCUGUCGUAUCCACCAGACAUGCCACCCGACCACGGUCCACAUCACCAACGCGUACCCGUGCCGUCAGUGGCUCCCGCCGACGACGUUUUCGAGCCGGACACUUUCGCGCCGAUCAAACAGUCGUUCAGCCUCGGACAGCAUCACUCGCACCAGACGGCCGCCACGGACGACGACGCGACGUCUAGUGGCGACGGGUCGUCCGUCCAGAAAUCGUCGUCGUCGGACAGCGUGUCCAGCGCCGCCCUGGACGAGUCUGUCGAUUCGGCGGUUGCGGUGUCCAUGACCACCGACGGACGUCACCGGAGUUACAGUUCGAGUGAUUCGGAACACCAAGUUUGCGGCACCGACGGUGGUCAACAACACCUGCGCCCGGUGCCCGCUCCGCGUCCAUCCAAGCUCUACAACGGUGGAGGUGGCACCGCGGCCGACGUGGUGGUGCGGAGGAAGAAGCGUGACGACCAACAACAACCAGAACUGCUCAAAGUGUUCGCCCGGCGGUCGUUGAAGUUGGGCAAAGACGGCGAACCGGAAUUUUUGUUGUUGUCGGCCGAUGUCGACCGUAGCGACGACGGUGACGGCGACCACAAGGCGAUGACCGCAAACGGCGAGUGGCCGGUGGAACAACAGGACGGGGUGGCGUCCGAGGACCGCGUGGUCGUGGUCGUGAUGGACAACGAUAACCGCCAUGCCGAGCACGUGGUGGUGGACGUCAACGAGAACAGGACAGUUGCGGCGGCGGCGGUCGAAGUCGUGCCCAGGUUCAAGCGCAUACAGCAGCGCCGGGAGGAGUGGGAAAAGCGACUGUUGCAGCAACAGCGGAACUGAGCGGAAAACCCAACUUACGUAGUCGUCCUCUUUUUUCUCAUCAAUUCCACUUCAACUCCCUUUCCGGCUGCUGUCGAAAUAUAUUUCACCUUCCCCCGACUGGUAGGGCGAUUAACUAUUUUCGAGUAAUACGACAAUUAGUAUAAUCGCCUUUGUACACAGUUUAAUUAUAUUCCUUUUCUAUAUAGAACGGUGCUAGAUGAUGGUUGUUUACUUUUUACUCGAGAUCCCUUGUACGAGGGACUAUGAAAUCAAUGAUAGGUUGUGACUUUCGUUUUAAUAUUCGUUACAACAAACACGUACAUUGUACACAUGCAAUAUAUAUUUUAAUAAAGCAAAAAAAACUUGAUAAUAAUAACUCAACAGAUAUUACCAUUUUAUAAAAUUAAUAUAAUAAAUAUUAUGUUCAUGUUAUAAAAAUUAUAUAUUUAUAUAUAUUUUAUUAUAUAUUCAUAGCAAAAGAGUAUAAUAAUAUUGUAGUUAUAUUGUUUUGGACAAAUAUUUUUUUCAUCAGAUCGAAAAGUCCAAUAUAUAUUUCAAAAAGUUAUUUAGAUAAUAUUAUAAUAUAUUAUAUAAUAGGUACUUAUAUUAUAUUUACAUAUUUUAUUGAGUCUAUAAAGUGAUUGAUGUUCUAGUAACGAUAAUUGUUUUUCGUUAAUUUUUUUUUCAUAACUGUUCAUCUGUGAUUUCAAAACGUUUAAGACAUUUUUUAAUGAUAAUUUUACAAAACUUUUAUCUAAAAUUUAAUAAUUGUUAUUCCCUUGCCCAUUUUUUCUCGUUGUUAAAGUUCCUUCCACUUCAUAAAUUUAUUACGCUGUCCAUUAUUUUAAGUAUUUAAUAGUGAAUUAUUUAUUUAUAUGUUUACCUUUCGACAAUACUAUUAACAAUACUCUCGUUGUAUACGAUACGUCGCCGCGUUCUUGCCUCUCCAUAAGCGCGCCACGGACGCCAUCCGACAAUAACUCGCGCAAAAAUGUCACUAUUUAGACCACGUAUACCAAUUACCAGGUAUACGGUCGCGGAAAAAACAUGUCGUGUACUGAUGACGACUAACGCGUUAUCGGCGAACCGUCCGGACGAAAUUUUCCGUUUGAUAUGGUAACGACGUGUCGUUUCGAGUAUUUUUCACCGACAGGUUGUUAUAUUUUUACGUAAAGACUUAUUUUUACACGAUCCUAUUUGAGAGUAAAUUCAAAAUAACAUUUUAAUUUUGUUUUAAUCCGAUCGACUUAGACGUAAUGAACCGUGAUCUCUGCAGUAUUUCGACGGUCGAUCAACUAUAAUAUUAUAAUAUAUACAUAUAUAGAUUACUGGUUGAAUUGAAUAUAAACGAUAACAAAAUAUUAACCUCGUGUAAUUUUUUAAUCAAAAUAUCAAAAAAAAAAUCACCCUUUACAUAUACGUACUAACAGAAUAUACAUAUAUAUCGCAAAAACGGACCUGACAUUUUUCGGCCUAUUAUUAUUAUUAUUAUUAUUAUUAUUACUAUUAUCAUUGUGAUCAUCAUCACGUUAUUAUUAUUACCUUUUUUUUGACGCUUGUAUACUUUUAUUUAUAUUAUUAUUGUGUAUUUAUAAAUAUGUUAAAUAUUUAUUUUUCGUAAAACUGUGUAUUUUUGUAUUUAUAUUUUAUGACCAACAUAAUAAUAUUUUGAAAUCGACAUUAUUAUAUUAUAUUAUAUUAUAUAUUUAAAAAUUGUUGAAAAAAUUAAAAACUAAUUAUUACAAAGUGUAACAAAAUUAUUAAUAUAUAUAUAUAAAAAUA